AUGGGUGUGGAUGCACCAACAUCGCAAGGGAGCGCUGCUUUCGACGAGUGCAAGAUGGCGCUAGGGUCGCAGCCAGGGCGAAAAGAGCAGGAGACAGAAGAACUCGGACGACUAUACCGAGAUCUCUUGGUACCGCGUUGCCGACGAUGCAUCAAUAGUAAGGUGGUUAGUGGUAGCACACGAGCGGGCAAGGAGGGCGGGUGGCUCCGUGAGCGACCGGGCGAAGCGUGUGGAGAAGUGGAGUUGAGGGCGAAGAUCAAGGUCGAAGAGGUCUGGCGCCCGAGGCGGUGGAGCCUGCUGAUAAGACGUAAUCUUUGCGACCAAAAAGUGUGGCAGCCGCGGCAUGCACAGGACGCCUCUCUGGUCUCAGGCUUCCAGGCACCAAACGGCGUUCCGUGA